AUGGCUUCAUGUCUGUGUCGAUACCGCUGGAGGAUCCUGUUCUUCUGUUCGCCGUGCAUACUGCUGCUCCCAGUCUACAUCUAUGUCUCGAUUUCUCUGAUCUAUGUCAUGACACACGGUGCACAUGGUUCUCAUCCUGUGCUGCAGAAACACUUUACUGCCAGUGGUCUCAAAUUCUCCAGAGAUCUGGCUCCCCAUCCUGUGAAAUCCUUCUGGAGAAGCGAGCUAAACAGUGGAGCACUAUGGAACAUCAUCCAGUAUAUGAUAGAUUCCCAGCAUAACCCCAUCCUAAAUCCUCAUCUGGCUGCAAACCCACCCAGUAUUUCUUACAAAACAGAAAGGUCCAGAAGAAGUGGGAAUGGAUGUUCUCCAGAUUAUGAGAUUAACAUGCCAGAUUUCUUCUCUCUACCAACGCAGAUGAAAGAUUUUGUGACCAGCAUGCACUGUCGAGAAUAUCCGUUGAUAAUAGAUCCUUUAGAUGUUUGUGAUGGUGGUCCGCUAGCAAAGAAUCGGGCACCAACGUUGCUCCUGGCCAUCAAAACUCAGCCUGUGGAUUUCCUGAACAGAGAAGCGAUUAGAGAAACUUGGGGGCGUUCAGGAAGAAUAAAAAGCCGAGGUGGGCAGCAAAGGCUUGUUCGUAGGGUCUUCCUUCUGGGGAAGUCCAAAGACUUGCAUAUUGAAGAGAAAUUGCAAUUAGAGAGUGAUAAAUAUGGUGACAUCAUCCAAUGGGAAUUCAUGGACACGUUAUUUAACCUCACCCUGAAGGAUGUGCUGUUCUGGGACUGGUUCUCAAGGCGAUGCCCACAUGCCCGUUUCAUUUUUAAAGGUGAUGAUGAUAUCUUUGUGAGGACACCUGCUCUCCUAGACUAUCUGCUGGCCGAGGAGGCAAAUGAAAGCUUCUCAAAUGGAUCCAGGCAGCCAAAUAAAAUGGAGACGUUUGUUGUGGGGGACGUGAUAAACAAUGCAGCACCUAUGCGCUCUAAUGGGAGUAAGUACUACAUUCCAGAGAGCUUCUUUAAAGGGACUUACUCAUCAUAUCCUGGUGGAGGGGGGGUGGUUUACUCUGGUUCUCUGGCCCAUAGGCUUUUGGAGGUGUCACAAAAGGUUCACCUGUUCCCCAUUGAUGAUGUCUACCUGGGCAUGUGUCUUCAGAGACUGGGAGUGUACCCUAUCCACCACCCUGCCUUCCUCACCUUUGACUUCCCCAAGGAUAAGCCCAAGGGACCCUGUGCGAAUCACACCAUCCUCCUGGUGCACAAGCGUAGCCCAGCUGAGAUGUUCCAACUUUGGACCGAAACGUCGAUGCCCAGUUCUGAAUGCAGAAAUGUAACUCUGAGAGUCGAAACUAGAGUUGAGUUCAGAUGACAGAAGCCAGAUCUCAACAGGUUUUUUUUUACACUUGAACAACUAAUGUUAUGCAUUGAAUGGUCUUUUGUAUAAACUUUUGUAAUUUUGAAUCUUUUUAACACAUUUAAGUUGUGAUAAAACAGAAGUAGUGGCAGAUCUUUUCUUCCAUAUUAUGCCGUGAAGAUAAUUUUGCAUUUCAUUGGAAGAUCAA